AUACUUUCUAUAAUAAAUUCCUAGUUGACGUAGGUGUACUUUUUGAGUUUUCCUCUCAUGUAUGAAUUAUAGGGUGAAAAGUAGGUGAAAUUUUAAUCAAGAAUGAAUUUCAACUUAUUUCAGGAAGGAAAUAAUACUUUUCCUAGUUUUCAAAUUAAAAAUGAUGAAAAUAUAAUGAGUAUUCCUUCGUCAAUGGAAAUUCCAUUUGUUGCACCUUCUUCUGCUGCUUUCGACGCUUUUAAUCAAAAUUUAAAUACACCACUGAGCCCGGAAACGGAAUUAUUUAUUAGGGCACCCCCUGCCGAUGCUCAUGCUCAUCUGAAUAAUACCGAACUCUUUCGGGUGCCAGGCAACUUAAAUUUAGGUAUUCAGCCUUCUCUGCUCCAACCAGCUGGACUUUUGAGCAAUUCUGUUUUAAGACCAGAAAGCGAGGUUUAUGCCCACAUCUCUAGUCAUGACUACGAUUUGUAUAAUAUAACCUCGCAACCUUCGGCUGGAUGUGUAGGAGCUCCUAGCUUCUAUCCUAUUUCGAAUGUGCUAAUUGGAACAGCUACUUCAAUGAUUCCUGCCUUUUCUAUAAGGCCAAAUGGUGCUUAUACCACCUGUACGACUGCCCCUCAAUGGAUAGCAAUCAAUAGAGUUGCUCAAAAUGAUCAGGAAUUCCAGAGGUAUAUACUUCCUAAUGGAAACAUAAAGUACAACAAGUAUAUUAAUAAAAAAGCCCUUCUUCCACGCAAACCUCUAAAAUCUUGCUCAGAAUGCAAAGCUACGGAAACUCCGCAAUGGCGGCGGGGUCCAAAUGGAAGGGUAAGUUUAUGCAAUGCUUGCGGGAUAAGAUAUGACAAACGCAGGAAAGAAGUUGAGGCUUUGGCCGAAAAGAGUAAAAUUAGUGGUGUUGUAUAACGAGGAAAUUUCAAACAAUCAAUGCGUGUAAUAAUAUUUUUAAUAUAUAAGAAGUUUUUGUUUU